AUAUAUUCGCCACCGCCCACCCCCACCGCCAUCGCCAUGUCUUGGUUCAAUAUUUUCUUUCUAUUCCUCCUUGUCCAAACCUUAUUCUAUACAAAAUCCCACGCCGUCGUUCCCGCCGAUAAAACAUUCAAGUUCGUGAACCAAGGAGAUUUCGGCGAUUUCAUCGUAGAAUACGAUGGAACCUACAGAACGCUCCGCGUUUUCAAUUCUCCCUUCCAACUCUGUUUCUACAAUACCACCCCAAACGCCUACACCCUCUCUUUAAGAAUGGCCAACACCCGUUCAGAAUCCCUUUUCCGAUGGGUCUGGGAAGCCAAUCGCGGCAAGCCCGUCAAGGAAAACGCCACCCUCACCUUCGGUCAGGACGGGAACCUCGUCCUCGCCGAUUCCGACGGUCGCGUGACGUGGCAGACAGCCACAGCCAAUAAGGGAGUCGUCGAUUUCAAAGUGUUGCCUAACGGGAACAUGGUUUUGCUCAAUUCCAAUGGAAGCUUUGUUUGGCAGAGCUUUGAUUCACCAACCGACACUCUUUUGAUCGGUCAGUCUCUUCGGGUAGGUGCUGCGGUCAAGCUUGUAAGUCGAGCUUCCGAAUUGGAUAACUCAGACGGGCCUUAUAGUUUGGUAUUGGAACCCAAUAAAGGGUUAUCAUGGUUCUAUCAACCCAAAAAUUCUCCAAAGCCCCUUCUUUAUUUUUCGUCUUCAUAUUAUGAAUUCGGGUUUGUUGUCCCCGGUGAUUCUAUAAAGUUUGAUAUCGAUACUGAAACUGACGCUUCAGAUGUCCUGGUUAGAAGUUACCUAGGUCUUGGACGAUAUAUGGCAAGGCCAAAUUAUAACGGGACGCUUUCUUUAUUGCGAUUGGGAAUAGACGGAAGGCUGAGAAUAUUCACUUACAAUGAUAAAGUUGACAGUUCAGCUUGGGAGGAGGUUUUCACUCAGUUUAUUAGCGAUAGGUGGUACCCAGAAGAUGGUCAAGAAUGUCAAUUGCCGGAGAAGUGUGGGAAGUUUGGGUUGUGCAGCAAGAACCAAUGCGUGGCUUGCCCGACCGAGAAGGGUCUGUUGGGGUGGAGCGAGGAGUGCGAGUUGAAGAAGGUGAGUUCGUGCAAGCCUGCUGAUUUCCAUUACUAUAAGCUUGAGGGGGUGGAGCAUUUCGUCAGCCAAUUCACCAGGGGAAGUUCGGUGAAUGAGAUGGAUUGUGGGAAGAAGUGCACAAGUGAUUGUAAGUGUUUGGGGUAUUUCUAUUACAGGGAGAGCUCUAGAUGUUGGAAUGUGUUUGAUAUUAAGACACUUAAGAAGGUGUCUAAUUCCAGUCAUGUUGGUUAUAUCAAGGUUUCCAACAAAUAAGCUGGAGUUUAGCAAUAAUCAUGUUAAUUAUUUGGCUGCAAAAUAAGGAUGAAGGAGGUUGUGUUCCUCUUUUCCACUUAUAAUCUUAUUGUCUUUCCUUGUUUGUAACAAUAAUAUUUGUGUAUGAUUGAGAUUGAGAUUUCAAUUUAAUUGGUUGACAAUGUAAUAUCAAUGAUAGCCGUAUUUAGGGCAUUGCGAAUUAAGAGCUUGUUUGAUGAUGUUUGAUUAUGGUUAUUUGGGAAUAAAAUCAGGUUUUUUAAUAAAAA